GCUGGCAGCGCAUGCGCGGAGCGGCCGGCGGCGCCUGCGCCGUGUGGAAGGGAGAGGCUCGCCUGCAGUUGAUUCUGUGAUUCUACACGAGUCUGUUGCUGCAGAAGCUGCCGCUCCUUUCUCCGCCUGCCUGCGGUGCUGCUGCUCACAAUAAUAACUCGUUACCGCUGCGCUGACCCGGGUAUCCAGCAUGGCGCAAACAGAGAAGAAAGGUGGGCUGCUGCGGAAGUCUUCAGCCUCCAAGAAGCCAUUGAAGGAGAAAGUUGUGUUGAUGUAUGAUGAGAUUUUCACGACAGAGGACCCCAGUAAAUGCAACCCUAGGUUUUGGGAGGAGCUGUUUCUUAUGAAGGUCAACUUAGAAUAUCUAGAAGGCAAGCUGGAGGCUCUCGAUGGGGAAGAGUUAAUGAAGAUAAAAGAUAACAUCAACUGCUUGUUUCAGCACUGCAUCCAGGCACUGGGUGAGGAGCACCCAAUCAGAGUGGUCAAUGCAUUACAGACAUUGUGUGCAUUAAUUCGGGGUGUCCAUCAGAAGAACAAAUCCACUUCUGGGUUUGACAUCAUCAACAUGCUUGUUGGUUUCGAUAAGGCAGAGCUGUGUAUGAAGAAUCUCAUGGAGAGCUUGGACUCACUCCUCUGUGCAGAAGGCUCUGAAAGCCUCAAAAGCUUGUGUCUGAAGCUGCUUCUGUGCUUAGUGACGGUGACAGAUAACAUCAGCCAGAACACCAUCCUGGAGUAUGUGAUGAUUAACAGCAUAUUUGAAGCUAUUUUACAGAUCCUGUCCAGCCCACUUAGUCGCAGGGAACAUGGCUAUGAUGCUGUUGUCCUUCUUGCCUUGCUGGUUAACUACAGAAAAUAUGAGUCAGUGAAUCCCUACAUUGUGAAGCUCUCCAUUGUAGAUGAUGAGGCCACGCUCAAUGGAAUGGGACUUGUAAUUGCCCAGGCUUUAUCAGAAUAUAACAGGCAAUACAAAGAUAAAGAAGAGGAGCACCAGAGUGGUUUCUUCUCAGCCCUAACUAAUAUGGUGGGCAGUAUGUUCAUAGCAGAUGCUGAUGAGAAGAUCUCAGUCCAAACAAAUGAAGCUAUCCUUCUGGCCCUCUAUGAAGCUGUUCACUUAAACCGGAAUUUCAUCACAGUUCUGGCACAAAGCCAUCCUGAAAUGGGGCUGAUGACAACACCAACAAGCCCAAUUCCAGCAACACCUGUUACUCCACUUGGAACCACCCCACCUUCUUCAGAUGUUAUAAGCUCUGCAGAGCUGCCUUUGGACGCUGAUGUGCAAACCAGCAACCUGCUGAUAACCUUCUUGAAGUACAGCUCAAUUGUGAUGCAGGACACAAAAGAUGAGCACCGGCUACACAGUGGCAAGCUGUGUCUGAUUAUCCUGACAUGCAUAGCAGAGGAUCAGUAUGCUAAUGCUUUUCUCCAUGAUGACAACAUGAAUUUUCGAGUAAACCUACACAGGAUGCCAAUGAGACAUAGAAAGAAAGCAGCAGAUAAAAACCUGCCCUGUCGCCCGCUGGUGUGUGCAGUGCUUGAUUUGAUGGUGGAAUUCAUCGUAACACACAUGAUGAAGGAAUUUCCUAUGGAUCUCUAUGUACGGUGCAUUCAGAUUGUGCACAAGCUGCUGUGCUACCAGAAGAAAUGCAGAGUGAGGCUUCAUUACACUUGGAGGGAGCUCUGGUCAGCUUUGAUCAACUUGUUGAAGUUCCUCAUGUCUAAUGAGACUGUGCUGCUGGCCAAGCACAACAUCUUCACCCUUGCCCUUAUGGUUGUGAACCUGUUCAACAUGUUCAUCACUUACGGAGACACCUUUCUUCCCACUCCCAGCAGCUAUGAUGAGCUGUAUUACGAAAUCAUUCGGAUGCAUCAGAAUUUUGACAACCUUUAUUCUAUGGUUCUAAGGCUGUCUACCAAUGCUGGUCAAUGGAAAGAGCCUGCAAGCAAGGUGACUCAUGCCUUAGUCAAUAUUAGAGCCAUCAUCAACCACUUCAACCCGAAGAUAGAGUCUUACGCUGCUGUGAAUCACAUAUCUCAGCUCUCUGAGGAUCAGGUUUUGGAAGUGGUGCGGUCCAACUAUGACACGCUGACCCUGAAACUGCAGGACGGACUGGACCAGUACGAGCGCUACUCAGAGCAGCAUAAAGAGGCUGCAUUCUUCAAAGAGCUGGUUCGGUCCAUCAGCAUCAAUGUGAGGAAGAACUUGGCUUUCAACACGCUGAGCCAGGAACUGCUGCUGAAGGAGUUCUCUACGAUCUCUUGAAGUGGGGACGCUGCCACUGCACAGGGCUGACCAGAGAUGGGCCUGUUUGGGCAGGGACACUACAGAUCUGCAGCCAGUUGCCCCUUGCCUUCCGCCUGCAGAAGGGACUGCAUUUCUUUUAGGGGAGAGCCUUGCUGCUGUGUGUUUGAUCCCAAAGGCAUGUGUUUCAACAGGACUGGGGCUGAAGAGAGCGAUGGGCAUGUUGAGGAGAAGGAGGAAGCAAUUCUGUAAGGUGCAAUGGGGAUGGGCAGCCAUUCCUGUGACAUAGCAAUAGGGAUUCCCUCCACAGCCUCAGGGAAGAUGCACUGGAAAGCUUUGUAGCAGAGCUGGGGAGAGCUCACAACCAAAAUAAUAAAGCCAGUCCAGCUGUGUGAGACACUUCUGCAUUGAGAUCACUUGCCUGCUCUAUGGGGAAAGCUUCCUGAUCCCAGGUGAGGGCUGUUCUUUUCUGUCACCCUGAAUUAUCCUGCCCUCCUGCAAUGUACAUCAAAGCCCACUGGGAAUGGCUUUGGGGUAUAAAACAGUUUCCCCAAGGAGCAGGCCCUCCUCAUUGCUGGUUUCUUAUGGUGUCACUUGAACUAAGCCACUGGAUUAUUGGAGAAGGAAAAAUUUUGCCUCCAAGGCUGUUGGUUUACAGGGUCCUGUUGUAACUGGAGACCAGCUGUGCUUGGGGUCACUGUUACUUCCAGUAGCCCAGCUCAUCUCUGCUGUUUUCUAAGGCUGAGGGACAUUUUGGGAUAUUCCAUUUUCACGGGGCAGAGGACAGGGUGACUCCCUCUCCCCACUCUCCUUAUUGCCCAUCAGAGACUGCAUUGUGACAAUCCUUCCCUUCCUCACCGGAGUGUCUGCCUUGCACAUGUUUGCAAGUGCCUGGUGACCUUCAUGAACUAAGAAGUCCCCAUUUUUCCCUUGUGUGUAGCACACGAUUAAAAUGCAGCUGGAGAAGAAGUUUCUUCAUUUUCUCGCUUGCCCUCCUGUCUUCACCAAGCAACUUGCAGCAACAGUCUGCUGAGGACUUCCUAAGGAAGAGCUAUGGGAUGAUGUUCUGGGGCCCAGGCAGGCCUUUCUGCUCCAGAGCCCGUGUUUCAGAGGUGCCCAGGGCCAGCAGAGCCUGUUCCGAGUGCUGUGUCUGGCUGCCAACUCAGGAAUACGCAGCAUAAACAUCCAUUCCCUGCUCCUGCAUUUUCAGCUCCCAGCAGUGAUGUUAGGAUCUGGCCUGACUUUGUGGACAGAAGCAGAGAAGUUAUUUACAUCCCAGGUCCGCUUUUGUUUUUCCCUAGAAAAUAGUUUUGUUUGCAAAAGAAGUGCCUAGCCCCACUCUUAGCCUUGUUAGGUUAGUGUGAGCAGUGUGAACGUCAUGCUCAUUUACUACCAUUUUUAGGCAAGGCUUCUUCAUGCUAACGUGUUAAUUGCAUUCAUGUUUCAUCUCUACCUGCCAUGAGCAUGGGAAACCGAAAGCUGUGUCCUUGGCCACCCGCUGAGCACAGCACCUGAUGAAGACCGCAUGUUUUCCUUGGGAGCACCGGCUUCUCCUGACAGGAGAUACUUUGCCUCAGCAGGGAAUUGUCUGGCUUUUAUCAGCUAAGCCAGACACUUAGUUGCUUUCUGCCACGCAAGUGUGUAGAAAUGUAUACAUACCAAAGGGACAGGGCUUGGGAGAGCAAGCAGACUCCAUAAAAUCACUUGGCUUGAGAACGGGACAGGGCACGUAGAAGGAGUCAGCUUCUCUGGUAAAGAAACAAUAGCGAUGGCUUGCAGCACAUGGCACUCGUCUGUAGAUAUGGGGAGCUCUUGCUAGAUGAUCUUGCGUCUGGGGACAGGGAAUUUCAUCUAAAGGGGGCUUGAGUUGCUUCCCUGAGGUGCAGCCCCAGCAUCGGUGUUGUUGGAGCACCCAGCAGUCCCCAUGCCUCCUUUUCGCCUAUCCCAGUUAGGCUGAGGCUAAGCAGAUACGUGACAGAGUUGGGAAUGAGUCUGCCUCUGCCUCCGCAACCUCUGGGAUUUUCAGCUUUUCACUCUGGGCUCAGCUAUAGAAGAUCUCGUCUCCCCCAGGGUGCUCCCUUCUUGGGAUGAACUGAGAAUCCCAGGCUGUGAGUGGAAAACCACUCUCAUGGGGUCAGCCGUCACCCAAGGCUGAGCUGGGGAAGACACUGACACAUCCUCUUGUCACGCUGUCACCAAACCAAGCACUGUAAGUGGAUGUACAUACAAACCGAGAGCUCAAUAAAUAGCAGAGCCCUGCCUA